UGAGAUGCAGCUGCCUGUCUCAUCUGUAUUGUCGUUAACGCUAUAUACCUAUUUGCUCUGUCUCUACUUCUCUUCUCGCUAACUCUGGAACGCCAAAAGCUCAGGACGACCUGAGGCUUAAAGGUAGGUUCUUUUACCUCUCGAUUCAAUACCAAAUUGCAAUUCAUUUUGGACGUCCCCGGCUACGUAUGAGAUCCGGCUGCCUGUCUCAUCUGUAUUGUCGUUAACGCUAUAUACCUAUUUGAUCUGUCUCUGCUUCUCUUCUCGCUAACUCUGGAACGCCAAAAGCUCAGGACGACCUGAGGCUUAAAGGGAGGACUUUGCAGCUGUGGUGGUGGUGGUGGUGGUGGUGUUGCGAAUCAGUGGUGGUUGGUGUUGAUAAGAAUUAUUUUGAAUAUGAGUUCGGACAGCAGGAGCAGGAGCAGGAGCAGGAGCAGGAGCAGGAGCAGGAGCCGGAGCAGGAGCCCACCAGAUCGCAAGAUUCGUACUGAACGCUAUUCCUAUCGUGCUGCACCUUACAGGAGGGAGUCACGGCAGGGUUUCAGCCAGAACAAUCUGUGUAAGAACUGCAAGCGGCCGGGUCAUUUCGCUAGAGAAUGUCCUAAUGUGGCAAUUUGUCACAAUUGUGGUCUUCCUGGGCACAUUGCAUCAGAAUGCAGCACGAAGUCUCUAUGUUGGAAUUGUCGAGAACCUGGGCACAUGGCUGGCAACUGUCCAAAUGAGGGCAUCUGCCACACUUGUGGUAAGGCAGGCCACCGUGCUAGAGACUGCACAGCCCCUCCGCUGCCACCUGGUGACCUGAGGUUGUGCAAUAACUGCUUCAAGCAAGGCCAUAUGGCGGCUGACUGUACAAAUGACAAGGCAUGCAAGAACUGCAGGAGGACAGGACACCUGGCACGUGAUUGUCAGAAUGAUCCUGUCUGCAAUUUGUGUAAUAUUUCUGGGCAUUUGGCUAGAGAAUGCCCAAAGGGCAAUGCUUUUGAAGACCGGGGUGGCAUGGCUCGUGGUGGUGGUGGUUAUCGAGACAUUAUAUGUCGGACCUGCCAACAGCCAGGUCAUAUCAGCCGAGAUUGCCCACAGCCAGGUCAUAUGAGCCGAGAUUACAUGGGCCCCUUGAUCUGUCACAACUGUGGGGGAAGAGGACAUGUGGCAUUUGAGUGCCCAUCUGGGAGAUUUAUGGACCGCUUUCCUAGGAGGUACUGAUGGAUGUAUCUCUUGAUUUAUGAUUUAUUGUACUUUUCAUUCAGUUUUCCGAAUAAUUUAGGUAGUUUUCUCUGGCCAAAUAAUUUGAAGUCUGAACAUGGAUGGUCACGUUUUGACUCUUGGAACUUUUCUUGUUUUACUAAUUUGCUACGUUAGAUAUGGAGCAUUCAAGAACUUGAUAUGCUAUGAAUGUGUUGCACUGGGAAUACAAUUCUGCAGUUUAAGUUA